AUGCCUUUCUCUCAAACAACAGGCGUGUGUGACAAGCAGCAUCUCCACCAAAAUAUGACGCGAAUAAUUACCAACAAUUUGACCAGGCUUUUGUUGCUGCUCGCGUGCACCCUAACUCCCAUUUCGUGUGCGUGGCGCCCAUGCACCGAUCUCGACGCGCUGCUUAAAAUACCAUGUCGGUGCAAUAUUGAGACCGCUGGAAACAACAGCCAGUAUGUUUUCGUGAACGUAAACUGCGAUCGUACUACACUGACAGCCCCGUUUCCGAGCGGCAUUCCAAUAAUCUCAUUUUCGCAGCGUCACAGCGGCCAUCAAACAUUGCCGGAUCUAUCCAUCCUUAAUGCUCCAGUGCGGAAGCUGGACUUUUCCAACAAUGCCCUCCGAUCGUUCGGUACCAAGACACUGUUUGGUAGUGUCGCCGAAUACCUUACCGAGCUACGAUUGGCCAACAAUUUGCUCGGCGACAGUCUGAAUCCAAUAUUUUCCACCGAUGUCCUGCAGGCGCUUCAAGCGCUCAAAGUGUUCGAUCUGUCUGGCAACCGUAUUAUCGCACUCGAGGAAAGUAUUUUCGAUGGCAAUCGACGGCUGGUGGAGCUAUAUCUCGACCAGAACAAGAUCACCAUGAUCCCAGUGGCGGCAUUGAAGGAACUGACCAGUUUAAAGCUGCUAUCACUGCGAAGUAAUCGCAUCGAUUCACUGGAACCUGACGCAUUCAACUUUGCCAACAAGCUGGAACGGUUGGAUCUUCGCAACAAUCGCAUUCGUAGUCUGAAAUCGAAAGCGUUCGCCAAUCUUGCCAGCAUGAAGGAGGUAUUGCUGGCGGGUAAUCAAAUAAGUCACAUCGAUGAACGCGCCUUGGCUGGGAUGGAUGUGCUGCAAAAGUUGGACCUCUCGGAUAACUUGCUGUCCGAGUUCCCAUUGGAAGCGCUUGGUUCUGUAGUAUCGCUGAAGGUGCUUAACGUAUCGCUCAAUAAUAUUGCCAAACUAGAUUCGAACCAUUUGGCGCAAAUGAAAAAUCUUCAGAUUCUCGAUAUCAGUCGAAAUACGAUAGCCACAAUACUGCCGGGAACAUUCCGCGAGCAGCUACUGCUGAAGUAUCUGGACUUGAGUCUCAAUUCUCUGCGGACGAUCGAAGACGAUGCAUUCGAGGGAUUGGACAAUCUGCAAACACUCAUUCUGCGAGACAACAACAUUCUCUUUAUCCCAGGCAGUGCUCUCGGGCGGCUGCCGAAGUUGUCGAAUCUGUACUUAGAUUUUAAUCGCGUUGCAGCUCUAUCUUCAAGCAUACUGAAAUCAAUUCAACCGGAAAAUAUUCGCUACCUUUCAUUGUCCCGUAACGUCAUACGCGAACUGCCGGGCGAUAGCUUUGCGGCAUUCCGCAAACUUAUAUAUCUGGACAUUUCUGGCAAUAACUUGGGAGUGAUAGGCGAGGACACAUUCAAAGGAUUGGACGGCACGUUGCUGGAAAUCAAACUUUCGUUCAAUCGUAUUGCAUCGCUCCGCAAGAUCGUGCUUCCAAAGUUACGACGAUUGGAUUUAAGCUCGAACAGCAUCGAUGAUCUGGCGAUCGAUUCGUUCCAUAGCCUUAACAAUCUGCUGUAUCUAAACAUGAGCGGCAACGAACACAUCGGCCAGGUAACACGCACGAUGAUAUACCCGCUAAUCAAGCUACAGGUGAUCGACAUUAGUCACUGUGGAUUGAAGAUGCUACAGGCCGAUCUGUUCCACAACAACACUGAUCUGCGAAUUGUGCUGCUCAAUUCUAACCAGCUGAAAGUGAUCGAGGAAGGAACGUUCCUGAAUCUGAACAAUCUCUUCGAUUUAUCGCUGGCGGACAACGGCUUAGAGCAGUUGCGCCCGCGCUCGUUUGUUAACACGGUCAACCUACGAUCACUCAACCUCCGACAGAACGCAUUACAGGAGCUGCGUGCUGAUAUGUUCACGACAGAGACUGCUCUCGAGAUGCUUGAUGUGUCUCACAAUAUGCUUAAAAGCUUCACCUCUAACACACUGAAGAUACAUCCGCGCCUCAGAAAGAUUCUGCUAGCAAACAAUCGGUUGGAAGUGUUCCCGCCUGAAUUGAUUGCUGGUCUGGAUCAUCUCGAGGUGAUCGAUCUUUCCGGCAACCGACUCUCUACCAUUCAGCAACUUGACUUCGGUCGUUUGGUAAAUCUCCGGGAAUUGUACUUGCGUGCGAACGUAAUAGACUCGGUACAGGACAUGGCCUUUCACAACUCUUCCCAGCUGCAGAUUCUCGAUCUGGCCUCCAACCGACUCGAUCGCUUGUCUGAACGUUCGUUCGAAGGUACACUCCGUCUGGACUUGCUCGAUCUCAGUGAUAACAAACUGACAAGCCUACCAGAACAAGUGCUGGCCAAAAGCCGCGUACAGCGACUCGAACGUGUUUCGCUCGCCGGUAACAAGCUGUCCAGCGUGCCUGUAGCAGCCUUCGGUGAUCAACACGACACACUGCAGACACUGGAUUUGAGCAACAACGCUAUUCGAGAAGUACCACGGGCCGGUCAUAUGCUUAUGAUUAACGCUAAACAUGUCGACUUUUCCUACAAUCCCCUCACCCCGGAAGCAAUCGCCACCGUGCUCGGCCAGCCAAAAACGGUACGCUCCCUGAAUCUAGCCGGAACGGGCGUCCGAGAACUUCCCGUACUCGAAACACCGUACCUUCGUAGUUUGAACCUUUCCUACAACAACAUCUCGGCGGUGAGUCCCAAAGCUUUCGAAAAAGUAACGCUGCUCGAACGGCUGGAUCUAUCGCACAACGCAAUUGUCGAUGCGGAUGGAUUGCGGGAUAUCUGGCCAAAGCUGGGAUUGCUCAGCUACCUCGACCUGUCGAGUAACCCGAUCCGCUCGAUCACCGCACAGACGUUCGAACGGCUUGAAGGUCUAUCGGAGUUGUAUAUUCGCGAGCUUCCCGAACUAGCACGACUCGAAAAGAACGCGUUCAAACCGUUGAAAGAUCUUGCUGUACUGGAAGCAUAUCAGUACGCGAAGCUGGGGUACAUCGAUGUGCAGGGCAUUGUGCAAGAGUUACCAGCGUUGGCUGCAGUUGACAUUGAGGCAAAGGAUGCCAAUCUGGAGUCGGACCAGCUUCAAGUCUUGCACCAUCCCAAACUACACACAUUGGGCCUGCAUGGUUACGCCUUGCAAAGCAUCUCAUCCGGUGCUUUCGCUGGACUACGCAACAAAUAUUUGACCGUACGUUUGCACAACACUUCACUGACGGCAUUACCUCCGGCACUGCUACUACCCUUACCUCGGUCGGCCCAUAUUGACUUCAGCAUUGCUGGUUCGAAAGUAAGCACACUUACACAACCAUUUCUCAGCUCGUUGGAUGAUCGGAAAAACAGCAUCCAGAUUGACGGACUAGCAACGAAUCCGGUGCGAUGCGACUGUCAGGCGCGCGCCUUCCGUCGAUGGAUUCUUGCCACGAAAGUAAGCGAUGUGCGUUGUGCAAGUCCGGCACCAGUCGCCGGCAAACUACUCACUGAAGUUGGUGACAUUGAGCUGGUGUGUGACAAUCGCAGUAAAGCACCCACCAACCCUACACAACCGAUGAUAUCAAGCACCGGAACCGUUGUUGGUACUGGUACACGCACUACCCCAACGAUUAGCUUCUAUAACUACACGUCCGAAGUGCAGAUGACGAAAUCCGCAGCCACCACGGAGCAUGAUAUCAUCUGGAGCAUGCCACCCGUAUCCUCUUCCUCGACCACCACCCGCACCAAGGGUUCAAAGUCAAAGGUAUCUUCAGCGGCAAUGCCACCGCUUAAGAAGAUGCCUUCGGCGAAUGAUGACACGCUCAUCAUCGGCAUUGUUGGUGGUGUCGUGGUGUUCAUCUUUCUGCUCAUCAUCUGCAUUUGUAUUUGCCGGUUGAAGAUGAACAACGACAGUUACCACCAUCACCAUCCACGUGGUGGGCAUCCGAUGCCGAUGGGAAUGCCCGGCACGCUGCAGGUUAAUUACACGGGCAAAAAGGGACAACCUGCGGCCAUGUAUCCGACGCUUGCACCACCGUACGCUCAAAGUUACGCGACGCUGCCGUACAAACCGAACGGUUCACCGACUCAGGCCCGGCCUAGCUAUUCAACCAUCGGCCGAAUACCGUACCAGUAUCAGAACCACUCGCUCAUGUCCAGCCAGGCUGCGUUGCACCACCAGCAGCAGCAACAAUCGUCCGGUCCGGGCACUCUAACACACUCAUCCCACAAUCCGUACAUCGUGUACCAGGAUGACAAGGUGUAUCGAUGAUGCGGACAACCAAAAAGCAGCAGAAG